UGCUUGUUCUGGGUGUUUUAUAUCUCUUACUCGAGCACUACUGGAUACUACUUAUAAGAAACGAGUAUUCUGGGAACUUUGGUCUCAUCUCAUCUCAUCUCAUCUAUACCAUAUAAAAUAAACUAAACCCUAAGAAAAGGAAAAGGAUACACCCGAAAAAAUGCAACUCAAAACCGCCCUCCUCACCCUCGCCGCUACGGCCCUUGUCGUCGCCAAGGAUGAAACAACAACCACGGCCCCCUACUUCGGCCCCGAAGUAUCCUUCUGGCAGCCCACGUACUCCGGCACGGCGGGCAGUGUAGCAGGAAUUAAUGCCAAAGAAACAACCUACCACAUCAGCUGCACCAAAGACGCACCCAAGUCACUCUGCCAGAUCGACAAGCCCUGGACGAUGAUCCAGGCACAAGAAUCGUGGAGCUUGACGGGCGUUUACACGGCCUGGAGUAGUGAGAAGGAUGCCGUGACGGCGACGCAGGACUAUUCCUGUACGUUCAAGCACUGGUCGGAGUCGGCGUCUUGUGCGUUGACGGUGAAGGCGACGGGCACGUGGGGAGGGGGAUCGUGGUCGAGUUCGACGUCGACGAAGGUCAGUGUCGCUAGUGAUAAGGUCACGACGUGGGGAUUGUUGGUUACUGGUGGUGUAGAGUCUUUCACUAUGCCGCAGGCGACGCAGACGCCUGGGGCUGCUGCUAUCGGGGCGCCGGUCAAUGCUAGGGCUGUUGCUACUGGUCUGCCUUUGGCUGGUGCGGCGGCUGUUGCUGUUGCUGCUAUGUUUUAGAAGGGGUGUGGGGGGUUGGUGAGUGUGGAGGUGGAUGUGGAAGGCUUUUGUGAUUGGCUUUGAUGAUCAUAUAUAGCUUGUUCGUGGCUAUGUACAUGGAAAGACGUGAUCGUUUUGAACA